UACUGUGAGUCUGACCUUCUCAAAUUGGCAGCUCAAAGAAAACGGUAGCCAGCUACUUUACACCGACUUUGUAACAAACACUCGCGCUGCUACUCACCGGAAAACUAAACGUUCCGGCGCCGGCGUCGGCUACCGCGAUCCGUAAAGCUUGCCUAUCUAGCGCACUGUACUGCGAGUCACAGAAAUGGUGGGGCCACAGAGACCGCAGUUUGUGCUGUUCGGAUCGUCGAUAGUUCAGCUCAGCUUCAGCAACGGCGGUUGGGGUGCCAUUCUCGCCGAUGUCUACGCUCGUAAAGCGGAUAUAUUAUUACGAGGUUAUUAUGGUUGGAACUCACGACGUGCUGUCCAAGUUCUAGAUAAAGUUUUUCCUAAGGAUGCUGCAGUUCAGCCUCAAUUGGUGAUAGUUUAUUUCGGUGGUAAUGACUCGAUGGGACCACACUCUUCUGGGCUUGGUCCUCAUGUACCACUCCCUGAAUACAUUGAAAACAUGAGGAAAGUAGCACUUCAUCUUAAGAGCCUUUCAGACACAAUUCGAAUCAUCUUUCUCAGUUCCCCCCCUGUCAAUGAAGCCAAAGUGAAAGAGAACACAAGUUCAUAUUUCAGCGAGCUAGUUAGAAACAAUGAUUUAUGCAAACAAUAUUCAGAUGCAUGUAUAGAUCUGUGCAAGGAGCUGGGUGUGAUGGUUGUUGAUCUUUUCACUUCAAUUCAGAAACGUGAAGAUUGGGAAAAUACUUGUUUUACGGACGGGGUUCACCUAGCUGAAGAGGGCAGCAAAGUCGUCGUUGAAGAGAUUCUCAAGGUUCUGAAAGAAGCCGAUUGGACGCCAAGCCUACACUGGAAAUCCAUGACUACCGAAUUCCCAGAAGAUUCAGAAUAUGAUCUAGUUGCUUCUGAUGGGAAAACCACCAUAAAUCCCAGUGAAUGGACAUUCCAUCGUGCAAUUCAAUGGGAUUAGACAACUAAACUGAAAAAAAAAAAAGGUUUGAGCCAAUGUAUCCAACUGUUCAUUUCAGAAGUACCAUCAUUAAGGUAAGUAAUAUAUGACUGCAGAAGUUGGUAAGCAUAGAUUUACAGACUUGCAGUAGUUCCCAGGGAAUUGUUAUUGCUGCCAACUAUAAUUCCCACCUAUAUAAUGAUUAUUAUUUGCUUAUUUGUCCUUCCAUA